AUGGCACACACCUACGCCCGGAUCUUGGUUCUUGCACUAGUGUCUGCGACGACCUUCGCAGACACAACCGCGUCUGCGGACCCUGCGUUGUCAUCUCUAGUGGCAGCUGCGACUGCCAGUGCAGGCUUGCCGAUCUCAACGAUUCUGGCAAUCGGCGACUCGUACACGGCCGGCGUGGGAUCGAAUGGACUGCAAGAUUAUUCAGAUGCUUCGUCCGACUGCAGCCGAUAUCAACAAUCCUGGCCACUCCAAUUAGGAAGCCAUUCUGCUUGGGGCACAAAUAAGCCCGACAUAGUGUUCGGGGCUUGCUCGGGCGCCAAGAUGCAAGAUUUGAUGGAUAGACAGUUGAAGCAAGGAGAUCCCAUCAACGUGGAGUACACGCCGAUCGGCAAGCCACAGAUUGCCGUCAUGACUAUCACUGGUAACGAUGUCAAUUUCUUUGAUGCAAUCAACGACUGUGUCCUUCGGGCGUGGUUUCCGGGGGACUGCGAUACGACAUUGAACAAUAUCGAGACCAAAAUUAACAGCCAAGAUUUCGAAAACCAGAUAAUCCAGACCUUCAUACAAGUCGUGGCCGAGGGCCGCCAAGCUGGAGGUAGCAAUCCGCCAGAGUCUUUCCAAACAUACGUCUCCGGCUUCGUCAACUUUUGGAACGACGUCGAUACAGGCUGCAACGAUAUGAUGAACGGCCUCGUCAGUAUUCUUAACAGCAAGAUCCAGUCAGUUGCAAACCAGCUACGGGGAGUUGGGAUCGUUUGGGUGGACCCUCCACAGGACCAAUACAAUGGACACCGCUUUUGCGAACCAGCGCCAACCGAUUACCAGAAGCAACCCGUGGGAAGUAAUACCUGGAUCUGGCAUUUGAAAUCCGCCCACGAUGGUGAAGGGCCUUCUGGAACCUCAACUGAUAAUGGUGGGUUCGAUUUGGCGACGAUGACACUCGACUAUCUCGUGCCCGAUCCGGGCCAGCGCACGUCCAUCAGUGCCGAAAAUCCACCGUGGAACAUCAACAACAACACCUUCGGCAGCGAGGCAGGAUUUCUCGACGCGUUGAAUGCCACCGGCAACGACACGGCAAGGAUUCUUCUCGACGAGUACACCAAGCGUAUCUUCCAUCCCAAAGGGUCGGGUUAUACUCCCUACGCGAAUGCAUUCGCGAACUCGAUCGGCAUCGUGCUUGGCACGUCGAACGGUAUCAUCAACCAGCCAGGUCCGACGGAUCGCUGCUGGAUUAAUAUGACCCAGAUUGACCAAAGUGGCUGCCCGAAUCUCGAGGAAACGGCAUCGGCGGAGGGAGAUACAGUCGCUGACAUCAGAUACCUGCUCGACGCGACCUGGUAUGAUGCUGACGGCAACAACGUCGCCUCCACCAGUCCCGCCGGCAAGCAGGACUCUACAGAAGUGGCAGGCAACAAGUACCCAUUGAUCUUCAACGGGAACGGGCAAGACUUGACCAUAGUGCCGGAAAGCCAAGGGGACUACAUUCAAUUCUCCUACGGAUCCAGCCCCCAAGUCCAGUGGACGACCGACGAUAACAUCGCGAACUACCCGGGGUGUAUUGUAGGAUCUUGGAUCCCGGGCGACUCACCGUUCGAAUCUUGUGAUCAGACACGCACGAUCGAGUGUCAAUUCUCUUGCUAG